UUUAAUUGAAAUUAAAUUAUUUUAAAGUUAAAAUAUACUGUUUAAUUAUUUUGUAAUAUCAUGAUGACGUUUUAUUCCAAAUUAAUUAAAACUAUGUUAUUUUUAUUAUUAAUUGAUUUAAUUACAACAAAAGAAAAUGAAGAUUGUUUUGUAAUAAACUGUGAUACGAAAGCUUAUGAUAAAAUUAUGAAAUGUGGUUGUCAUUUAUGUAAAGAAUGCAGUUACAACUCUCUACAAAUUGGUACAUGUUUAAAUUGCUCUACAGUAGUAUCGUCUUAUAACCCAUUACAUUUUAUCAAGAAUGGUAAAACUUGUCCUGUUAAAUUAUGUAAUAAAAGCGUUUAUUAUAGAAUGGAAAGUUGUGGUUGUCAUGUAUGUGAGAUUUGCGCUGAAAACUCUAUAAUAAAUAGUGGUAUAUGUUUAAAUUGCUCUAAAGAAGUAUCGACUUAUAUACCAUUACAUUUUAUCAAGGAUGGUAAAACUUGUCCUGUGAAAUUAUGUAAUAAAAGCGUUUAUUAUAGAAUAGAGAGUUGUGAUUGUCAUUUAUGUGAGUCUUGUGCUGAUAAAUCUAAAAAUAUAGAUUCAUGUUUAAUUUGCUUUGCAGAAAUAUCGUCAUAUAUACCAUUACAUUUUAUCAAGGAUGAUAAAACUUGUCCUGUAACAAAAUGUUUAGAAAGAGUUUAUGUUGUAAUGGUGGGUUGUCGUUGUCAUUUAUGUGAAAUAUGCGCUGAUAAAUCUUUAAAAAACCAUAUAUGUUUAAAUUGCUCUAGAAGAGUAUCGUCUUAUAUGCCAAUAGCGUAUGUCAAGCAUAUUAAAUGGAAAACAGGCGCGUCAUCAUCAUCAUUUAAGAAAAACGACGCAAACAAGGAUUCUCGUGAACAAUCAUGACAAUGAUGGUGUUUUAAUUAAUUUUUUGAACGCCGAUGUAAUUUUACACUAUUAAGUUUAUUUUAAGCUUAUUCAAAAUAUAUAUUCAAUGAAUUUUCCUAUUUUAAAAAUAAAAUAUAUUAUAUUUAUAAUAUUCUGUACAAAAUUGCACCUCAUUAGUUUAUAAUGAUAAUAUUUAUAUUUUGUUGUUUUAUAAUAAAUACACCACUCAUUAUUAAGUAGUCUAUAAAUCAUUGUCUAUUAUUCAUAAAAUUAAAUGUAAUUAUUCAUGUCAAACUUUUAAAGUAUUCCGAGAAAUAUGUAUAAAA